AUGCCACCCAAGUCUCUGUUGGAACUUGCCACUGCGGCAUGCAUCAAAAACAUCCGCGAACUCGACAGUGUUGGCGAUUAUCUUCCUUAUAAAGCAGUCCGCCUCCUUCUCCUCAAGAUCGAUAACGCGAAACAACUACGAACUAUCGAACUAAACUCACCUCAAAUACAGGGCGAGACAGGUGAGGUAUGGCUGAAGCUUAUCAAGCAUGAGUUUCCUAUGGAAGUCAAGCAAAAGGCAUACAAACCACCAAACCCAACUAAAUGGUAUCGUGUGUAUGAGAAAUACAGGUCAGAUCACCAGAAGGCCCUCUUGGAAAGUGAGGCGAAGCUCAAGAAUGCUCUCAUGGGACUCAAGGAGGACAAGGAGAAGAACACCAGCAAGAUUGUCGAUGACAGAAGACUCUUGCCCCGAGGAGGCAGAGUCGGGCCAAAGAAGGCUUGGGGAUUUGGAGCGCGGGACCCAAAUGGAAGCACGCUCGCAUUCAACAGGGGAAGUCGUACCAAGACUCAUAAUGGUGCAAGCGUCAUGCGCAAAGUCCGACGAGAGACGAAGGAGAUUGCCAGUAUCCACGGCGCACUGUCAAGGCCAACACAAGCAUCAAAUGCUAUUACAAAACUCCGCAAGGCGCCUGCAGCUAUGGUGGGCGACUAUCAGAGAGCCGCCAAGCCAACGAUCCGACCUCCGCUCCCUCCUCCGCCAAAAUCAGCAGUAUCUGAUGUAGUUGAAACCCAUGAAGCACGGGCGCAAUAUAUCUCGGACUCUGAUUCGGAAGAUGGGGAUGAUCUGUUUGACGAUGAGCUGCCGGCACCCCGUCGAAAGGCUUCGUCCCAUUUAUCGUCGUCUCCUCUGAAGAAGCCUGCUGCUGCUGGACACAGCGAUUCUACAAGCAAGGUCAGGCAAACUGGUCUUCUAUCCAACAGCUAUAAGGGUCCUAAACCUCAAAUCACAACAUCUUCAAGGCCCAGAGCGGCCACUUCAGCUGGAAAAUCGUUAUCUCCUGCCCCUCAACAGAAACACAUAUCUCUUUCUCCAGAGCCGACCGAACAAUCUUCACCUACACGUCUCACAAACACACGACCGAAUCCGGGCAUCGGACCACGCAAGCGCAAGGCUACGGAUGUCUUCAUGAAGCCUAAGAAAAGAGCUUGA